UGUUACGUCGUGUUGUAAGUGUUGCAAUUUUUUGUCGCAUGUGCGUGAAACGUUUCAACUUGACGCAACAUUUCGACGUAUCAACAAUGCAGCGUACGGAGCAGCGUAACAUUUCGACGAAAGUAGCAUGACCUCGGUCAUACUGACGUAUCAAAACGACGUAUGUGAUUUAUCUGCUGCAGAACGUUGUAACAUAUAUUUUUAUCAAAAUAACUGAAAUGUUCACACGCAGUGCAGAUUUCAAGGUCAGUGACGAUGAACCUUGUCAUAAUGUAUCGUUGAGGUGUAUUCAAUUGCAAUAAAAAUGAUUAGUUUCUAAAUAGGAAUAAAAAUGAAAUCUGAAAACUUUCAAGCUCAUUUUCUCAGCUUAAUCAAAAUGUUACAUACGCCGAUUUGAAAAAGUUCCCGAGAAUUAGUGCGGUGUCUCAAUCGUGAAAACAGUUGAAGCAAAAGAAUCUGGGAAUCGUAUGUUGAUUGUUAUUCGUAGAUAAAGGAAUAAUAACGUAUGCACAGAUAGAGAAUGGCCUGAUUUGGGACCGCCCUACAUAUUCCCAAGCACUUGUGUAGAGUCAGUCGAGAAAAUCAACCAAAACAUCAACACCGGAGUAAUCGAUUUCUUCCAGUCGAAGUUGUAGCAGUUCUGCGGCAGGCUAUAGUUGAUAUCGAGCAGCUUACGAGUGGUCAACAUAAGUAUUUUGCACGUAAUAAUUUGCAAUCGUAUCGUACGAUCACUUCCAGUAUCACUAUGCAAGUCCUUAGUAAACUCACUUCCGUUCCAAUCACCUGCAAAGAAUACGUCCAUCCAUGGACCGACUCAUGCACCAUUGCUUCGGCAGAGUUCCUGAUCGUUGCCGUACAGGACAGUCUCCGAAUAUACUCCAUUGUUUAUUUGCUCUCACUAGCCAUGCGAGGACGCAUUCCCACGUUCGAUGAACUAAAACGCACAGUUCGCGGUUUGCUCCAGUCAACUGCCUUCCUGACGAUGUCCGCCUUCAGCUAUUCGAUGUUCCUUUGUGUUCUGCGACGGAUCGCCGGAUCGUACAACUUCUACACCUCUUCCUACAUCCCGGCCUACAUUGCAGCGUUCGUGUCCAUCCUGGUGGAGCGACCGUCCCGACGAGGACUGCUAUGUCUAUACGUUUCCAACGUUGCCACCGAAACCGGUUGGAAUAUCCUGAAGUCGCGAGGCUUGGUGCGAUCACUCCCUUACGGAGAAAUACUCAUCUUCGGAUUGUCGACCGCGACGCUGCUGUACUAUUACCGUCUGAAUCGUCAGAAGGACUACAAGGACUCGAUGUUCGACGUAUUCCGGUUCGCUCUGGGGGACAGCGAGGUGAUGAAACCGAUCGAAGCCCAACCGGAAAGCCGGCGGUCCAGAGAUACGGCUCGAUCGUCGCGGAAUGUUUCGUCCUAUACUGUGAUUCAGGCUGCCGUGAAAGCCUACCUCAAUGUGAUAUCGAAGGUUAAGACUAUGGCCAAGCACGAGCUUUGCCAGCAUAAGCAUAGCUGUGUCUACAAUACGCUCUCUGGUGGUGUUCGGAUGUUCUCCAUCGGGUUGGGCAUCCAGGUGAUCAUGAAAGCUGUAUUCCAAGCACGAAGAAUCAUUCGUAGGCCGGAAAUAUUUAAGCGAACAUUCCUGAGCAAAGAGAUUUUAAAGCUAGGGAUGUUCUUGGGAGGUUUCACCUCGUUAUACAAAAUGUCUUCCUGUUUGCUGAGGCACAUUACAAAUAACGACCAUGCGGCGUAUGCCAUUCCAAGUGGACUCAUUGCCAGUGCUGCCUUCGGUUACUACUCCGAUUCCACUAUCGCGCUCUACAUUAUGUGGAAAACUCUUCAGAUGACCUACAACUGGGGAAUCGAAAAAGGAUACGUACCAAAGGUUCCGGGUUUCACCGUACUGUUGUAUUGUGCGAGCACGGCCCUACUCUUCCACGCGGCUACGUUGGAACCCAUGACUUUGCGUCCGAGCUACUGGAAGUUCCUGUACUCGAUAUCCGGAGGAAGAAUUUCCGUGAUGGAUCGCAGUGGAUUCGAUGUGUACGGUCUGAACACCAGUGGUCAAAUUCGAGAGGUAUCCAAACUGUGCAAUACUCCACGGGAGCUAAAGUUUAGGAUUUAAUAUGGGAAGUGUCUAUUUACUUUCUAUCGUUCUUCGCCAUUAGGGUGCGAUUGCCUUCUAGAAAGUAUGUAGAGAGUUGCAAGCCAAUUUGCCGCUAUUGCAAAAUAAAAUAGGUAUUUUUGGGGUCUAAGUACAAUAAUAUGCGAUACGAUGUUACAAUUCACGCAACGUGAAACAAAAAUAAAAUACAGAGGAGCCAGUAGUUCGUGAAAAGCAGAAUGAUUCCGUACAGCUGGGUGUAAAUACGAUUUAUGUUCAGCUCCAUUCGAAUAUCCAGAAUAACAUUUGAUAUGAGCAGAAAAUCGAAUAUGAUUCGUUACAUGUUUGCGUUCAGUAAAUAUAAAAAUCGCUCAUGUCGAAAAGUUGUCAUCUACUUUGGUUUAGAAUUCUAAGUGUAAAUAAGAUCAUUUUUGUUCGAUAUAUUGAAUGUUAUUUUGUUUUUAAUAAAAUAAAUAAAAAUGCUAAAUUAUCAGCAUAUUAA